GCGGGGACACAGCGGGCGGGCCGGGGGCGGUGCCCGGCCGAGGCACCGCUGUCCUUGCGGGACACGGCCCCAGGGAGACGGGAGCGAGCCCCGCCGGCCGCCUGCAGCGUCCCGGUGCCCUCGAGUGCCUGCGUUCUUCAAAGCGCCGGCUCUGCUGCAGGUCAGAAAGCCCCACAGCGUUUUCGUGUUUUGGAGGGACUUUUAAACAGGUGCCGAAGUCUGGCUGAGUCGGGAGGUGCCGGCUCUUUGCCGGGAGGCUGUGUGUGAGGAGGCGCUGGACCAAGCCCUAAUCGCUCAAAAGCACUGCCGUAAGCCCAGCUGUUCUAUCUCGUCACCAGGGCUAAUCCAUACCCCAGUGUGGGUUUAAGCCUGCUGUGCCAAUUUACAGGGCUUGACUUCAAGCCACGUCCUCCUCCUGGUAUCCUCUCCGCUCGCCCUGGGUCCGGGUGUCCGCACGAGCAGCGGGAGCGCUGGUGCCAAAGGCUUCUCCUGCUCCUACACAAUCACCACACGCCUAAGGCUCUGAGAGGCACACAGGAUUGUCAGCAGCACUCCUGGACUGUGAAGGCAAAGACAAACCACAGGAGACUUUUCAAACAGAGGGCAUACCUUAACAGAGCAGGGACACACAGAGCAUCAUGUCAUUGGCAUCCUGGUUCAGGUGGAAUGAGCCCCCAAACCGCAUCUCCCAGAGGAACCCCACAGAGAUGGUGGUGGAGACGCUGAUGAUGGAGCUGAGCUGGCAGAUGAAGCAGGCAGAAAAGCAGCAGCGGGAGCGGGAGAACGAAUACCGCAAGAUCAAGACGGGGGUGGACUACGGCUGGCUGGUCAGCUACCCAAAGCAGAGCUAUGACAUCAGCCCCGGGGAACGGCUGCAGCUGGAGGACAUGUGCACCAAAAUACACCCCUCCUACUGUGGGCCUGUCAUACUCAGGUUCAGGCAAGUCAUUGCGGAGUACGAACCAGAAGCGCAGGAAGUGUCCCGGCUCUUCCGCUCCGUCCUGCAGGAAGCUACUGAGAAGAUCAAAGAGGAGGAAGAGGCCAAGAAGCUUGCAAGGCAAUGGAACACAAAGAACAGAACCAGCCUCUCCUUAACAACAUUUAAAUCUCGGUCCAGGAUUUCUCCAUUCAUCAGCGACAUCAAGACCAUCUCUGAGGAUGUGGAACGGGGCACCCAGCCCAACAGGAGGGUUUGGAGCAUGCCAGAAUUUCGGAACACCAAGGAUUUCUGACUCUAUACUGAAUAAGGUUUUUAGACACUGAUCUUUCAAAAUCCCACUUAACCUUUUUUAACUCUACUGUUUCUUCUUUUUUCCAUCUCUCUUUUCCUGACUGUCUCUGUCUUGGAAGCUGUGUCUGUAGUAACCGCUGCGAUGCCUGCAGUCUGUGACACCAUUUAUUACCAAACAUGGUAGCCUUUCCUUUAACCCAGUAGCUAUUCAGUAACCUUAAGGGCAAGGCUCACUUACUAUCUCAUUUUUAUUACUGCUUUCUUGUGGAAAAUGAAUUAGUUUUGCUACGUCUCUCUUCUCCCUUUCCCCUCCAGCCUGGAUGUAGUUAUCUAUAAAAACUUUUGGCUCAAGCUAUUGAGAGCUGCUGACUGAACCAAUCUUGCUGAAAGCAAGACAGCCGCUUAAAUGAGUGAGGUUUGCAGGAUUGGGCUUGUGAGUUAAAGCUAAUAUCUGAUUUGGAACUUCCUUUUCCAAAUAAUAGCCUUCCUCAGUGCUACAACAAACUUCACAGGUAACCUCAGCACUGCUCUUGAUCCGCUUUUUUGCUGACAGUUCACAAUCCAACCUGAGUAGAAACAGGCCCAAGCUUUCUGAGAUUAAAGACCAAGCACGUUAAUAUACAUUCAGGUUUCUUGGGUACUUUCUCUUUUGUGCUGGCAGAACCCCCUGAACCUUGCACCUGCAGAGCAGAUAGAAAUUUAUCAACCUGCUGUGUAGACACACAGGUGGGUACCUCAGUGCUGUGUCAAGUGCUGUUCUGGGGCCUCAGUGCUCUGUGCUCCACCCUACACCUCAGAAAUAAAUCAGUGGGCUGAAAUCAAUGUUUAUGGCCGAGCCUGAAAGAGGGCUGGAGUAUCCAUGUAAAAGGAAGGGUGAAGGGCCUCAGCAUUCAUCUCCAGGGCUCUCUGUACAGUGGCAACUGUUGAGAUCAUCUGAACUUUUGCUGCUGUGAGUGACUGAAGUGCUCUGGCAGAUGGAGUUUCUUCUGAGACUUUGAAGAGACAGGAAAAUGCCACUAAGGAAAAGCUGCUAAGGCCCUAACUCAGCAUCUGAAGGGAGAGCUCUCACCAGCAAAGGGAACAGUAGGGCACGCUGUGAAAGUCAAGUGUCCUGCAGAGAACCCAAGGGCUGGGAUGCUUUGUGGUGACCAAUGGGAGAUGGGGAAUGAAGAGAGGGGUUUGCUUGUAUGACUGGCUUUUGGGGAAUCAUCUCAGUGGGGUAGAGCCUCCUGGAGGACCCUGUAGCUUUGUUGUUCUUUUGUCCGUUUCCAGAUAUUUUCCCCUGGGGAUCUUUGCAACAGCAUGUGGGUUCUACAGCCAAGAUUAAAACCCUUUGAAGCUGUGCCAACUCUGGGAAGAAUUCCAGUACAUGAAAUCUAUCCUGGACUAGAAAUGUGCAGUUUCUUCCAGAGAUGGAAGAAGGCAGCAUAAAAAAAAGAUCAAGAUCAACCCCCUAAGAGCUCUCUGAGACUAGGACUCUGACUCUUCCUCUCUCCCCUCUGGGCUAUGUAAAAUUGAAGAUAAGGCUUUCUUACUGCAGUCCUAUCCCUUGGUAAACACUGCUGCCAGCAACCCUCCUAGGGACAGAAAGCGGCUCACUUUCUGAUUAAAAGUCAGGGUUUCCAAAUACAGCAUCCGGUUUGGGACAGGCUAUUUCAACUCUAGGUCAAUGAUGGAGAGUUUAAAGCCUUCUGACAAUCAGCUUAGUGUUUUUCAGCCAUAUGUCCUUGUGAAGUAAUGUGAUUGCAUAUAUGAAGUAAAAGCCAAGGCUUGACAUACUUAGCAUAGCUUUAGCUGUAUAGAAGAUGUAGGAUCUCUAGCAAGGGGUCACCACAAUUUGCAGAAACAAUUAUUGUUUGGAAAAGAGUCAGCCAUAUUUUUUAAAUAUUUGCAAGCCACUGUGCAGUACUGAAGACUGAGAUGAGUUUAUGAAUUUCAUGCUGCAGCUCUGUAUUCAUUUUAUUUGCACUUAUGUUCUGUUUGACACCUUCAGUAUUGACUGCAUUGAUGCGAUUUUCGAUGGACUGCUGGGAGACACAGGACAUUCUGACACACUGCCACAAAGCUCUUUGUUACAGCACAGUGUCAGUAGUGUGCUCACUCCCACUUAAGGAGAAUCAGCAGUAAGUAACUUCCCUGCAGCAAUGUGCUAAGCCAAGGAAAUCACUGAAGGGUGUUCACACUAUCACAGCAGCCUGUGAUCCUGCUGUGCCCUUCAUUAACAACUUCCAGCUGGCAGACAGCACUCUUGUGAGACAGAUCUGACCUUUGGUCAAAGCCCUGCACAUUAUGGAGGCUAGGCUCUGGCAGUGCUUGUGACAACUGUUUUGCUUCAACUUACCUAUCAUUUCUAAUUCACAAUAAAACAUAAUCUAAACUCUUAAACAGUAUCACUCUCCCUGUACCACUUCUGGAAGUUACACUGGGCUCAUGGUAGGUUCUGAUGAUAGAGGGAUAUUCGGAUGCCAAUCUCUGAGAGAUCUGUUCUUACUCCAUGCUAUCUAGUACUCUUACAGGGGUAGUAGUACCACAUUUGCCUGCAGCCAGCUACUUGGAGACUGACUGUGAGCUCCUGCAAUGUGCAUGCAGCAGCAGGUACUGAGGCAGAGCUGGGAGGUGAUCAGAGUGCAUGACUGCUGCACUGCUUGUGGUGCUCAUUUUUCUUAGAAGUGCUGUAGACUGAACCUUAAAUGAUCCCUUGGUCUCAGCAUGCAGCAACAACUACGCACUCAUGCUUGCCUUGUCCUAAUUCCACAUUUGGUGUGGCGAAAUUAGUGUCAGUUCAAAUGAGGAGCAUGAAACUCCCGACUGUCCCCACCUACUGUGCUACAGUCCGUGGCACUGGGCACACACAGAUUGUUUCUGGCUAAAGCCAACCCAAAUGAUCCAGGUCCUCAUUGGUAACUGUCAGAUGCUACAGCUCUGCUCCUCCUGGACCACACUACUUGCUAGUGUAGAAAAAUAAAAACAAAAAAAAAAUCUCGAUGAGACCCUCUGAUCCACUUUUUAGCACCUCCUGAGAGCUCAUCCUGUGUCUUAAUUCUUUAAGGGGAAUGAAACAUUAACUAGCAGCACAUAUUAGUAAGAUGCAGAAGUGAACCAAACAAGAAUCAUUCUAAAUCCUCAAACAUUCUUUCAGAACUGAGCAAGGCUUUUGGUAUCAGCUCAGAGCAUCACUGUUGCCCCGUUGCUGACAGUGUUGUGCUGUCCAAAGGACACUGUCACACCAGGAAAAAGCAGUCCUAGACUUGCUGUACCUUCUAAUAAGUAAUGGCAGCAGCUCAGGUACACUGUUCAGCCUCCAGGGGCUAGCACUCCUUAGAGCCAUGACGCUCCUGAGGGAGGCUGUGCAGCCCUGCUCCUGUGGCUUCUGGAGAUGAGCCUGGCCACGGGCUGUGUCAGCCAGAAAGGAUGUGCAGGCAGGAGCUGAGGUUCCUCACCCACAUGAGCACAGAGUUCAUGCAGCUGUCAUGCCAUGGGGAAUUGGAGUAAGCUCUGAGGGAAAUACCUGUCUGCUGACACUGCACUGUUUAUACAUUUCAACACGGAACCUUGGAGAAUUAAAGCAAAGCUGUGGAAUAUAAACCAA